UCUGGCAUACAUAUUUACGACACCAAGCUGGACACGGACAUUUAGACAACUGUCUAAGAAGAGAGAAGGGAAAGUUGACACAAAACUUUAAGAGAGAGCAGAGUGCCUCAGGACCCUGCAUAGUGAACCGCUUCAGUCUGAUACGCGUGAAGAUGGAUCAUGACGUGGCUGACCUUCCCAGUGGCCCGCUGGAUUUCUACAGGAAAAAAGCCUCUUUCAACUGGAAGGACAUGCUCUUCUUCUUAGAUGGAGAGGAAAUCGUGGCAUUUAAGCGACGCGUGUUAAAGACCCUCGAGGAUGACCCUCUGUUUGCUCGUCAGCCUGGGGAAGACGUCCCUAUCGAGGAAAUGAGAGAGCGGACCUUCCUCAGGGUGAAGCAGCUCUUCCGCUACGACUUCCUGACAAGAGACGAGAUAAUGGCAAACCCAUGGAAGACUGUGGUUCUCAGUGAUUGUCUGGGAAUGUAUGACUGGGCCAUGUCGGCCAAGUACUUCCUCAACAAAGGGAUGUUUGGAGCGACCGUUGCCAACACAGGAUCAGGGAGACACAGCAAGUUUGUUGAAAAUACCGAAGACAUGACUACGUAUGGUUGCUUUGCACUGACUGAGCUGAGCCACGGCAGCAACACCAGAGCCAUGAGGACCGCGGCAACAUAUGACCCCGCCACCCAGGAGUUUGUGAUUAACUCUCCGGACUUUGAAGCCGCCAAGUUCUGGGUGGGGAACCUGGGCAAGACCGCGACCCAUGCUUUGGUGUUCGCUCAGCUCUACACACCCGACCAGGUGUGCCGCGGCCUGCACACCUUCAUUGUGCCGGUAAGAGAUCCAAAGACCCUUCUCGCUCUGCCUGGUGUGCUGGUUGGAGACAUGGGCAAGAAGCUGGGCCAGAACGGACUGGAUAACGGGUUCGCUUUGUUUCAUAAUGUGAGGGUCCCUCGGGAGAAUCUGCUGAACAAGACUGGAGAUGUUACUCCUGAUGGCCGCUACGUUACACCAUUCAAGGAUCCCAACAAGCGUUUCGGGGAGUCUCUUGGUGCCCUGUCAGGGGGCAGGGUGUCCAUCACCCGGAUGGCCCUGGUCAACCUUAAGCUGGCUCUGAUUGUCGCCAUCCGCUUCUCAGCGACUAGGAGACAGUUUGGACCCAAAGACACGGAGGAGAUUCCUGUUUUGGAGUACCAGUUACAGCAAUGGCGUCUGAUCCCGUACCUGGCAGCAGCGUAUGCUCUUGAACACUUCUCCAAAUCCAUCUUCAUGAACUUUGUUGAGUUCCAGAUGGGACAGAUAAUGAGGGACAAGAGUGACAGACAAGCAGAGAUGGGCAGGGAGAUUCAUGCCAUUGGCUGCUCCAGUAAACCACUGGGCUCGUGGACCGCUCAGAGGGGGAUCCAGGAGUGCAGGGAGGCGUGUGGUGGACAUGGAUACCUGGCCAUGAACCGCCUUGGUGAUCUGCGUAAUGACAAUGAUCCAAACUGCACAUACGAAGGAGACAACAAUGUGUUGCUGCAACAGACCAGCAACUACCUGCUCAGCUGGCUCCAGGCUAAACACCGCAGCGGUGUGCGGAUUGAGUCUCCUCUUCACACUGUGGAUUUCCUGGAUGAUUCCAACAAGAUCCUGGGAAGCAAGUUCACAGCAAGAACAAUGGAGGAGUGCAUGGACUCUGCAGUGCCACUGGCUGCCUAUAAGUGGCUGGUGUGUUUCCUGCUGGAAGAGAGCCGGAGGAGGCUGGAACAGCAGAGGGCCUCGGGGAAGGAUGAGUUUGAGGCCCGCAACAACAGCCAGGUUUACUACUGCCGUUCACUGGCCAUCGCCUACAUAGAACACAACUGCCUCCAGAGGUUUCAUGAUCAGACCACUGAUGGGGACACACCAGCUGGUCUCAGACCUGUACUGAGUAAGCUGUGCGCCCUGUAUGGGCUGUGGAGUCUCAGCAGCCACAUGGCCACACUUUACCAAGGUGAGUACCUGAGUGGAAGGAAGCCCACAGAGUUGGUCCAGAUGGCCAUUCUGACUCUCUGCUCCCAGCUGAAGGAUGAUGCCGUAACAUUGGUGGAUGUUUUUGCACCUUCUGAUUUCAUUCUCAACUCACCCAUAGGCAACGCUGAUGGACAGCUUUACAAGAACCUGUGGGCGACAGUGAUGCAGGGCAGCAAGGUUCUGGAACGGCCUUCCUGGUGGAAAGAGUUCUGCUCAGACAAGCCGGUGGUUGGAUCCCUCCGUCCCAAACUCUAGAAUCCACUCAGGACCACGAACCUGGACGCUGGCUGGAGAGUCUGAGGUGUAAAAUCUAUGUGUCCUUAAAGAAUGUCCAAACUGUGCAAUUUAAAAUGUUUGUAUGUACACAAACUUUUUACAAACAGCCUACAGUGCAAAACUGACCGUCGUGAUAAUUGGUUGGGAUUCACCAACAUGGAUUAUUUUUCACCAGAUGAAAUUAUGAUUUAACUUUAAAUCAUGUUGCAGAAAACUUUGAAAUAGAAAAAGAUUAAAUUGAAACUUAGUUUUCAGUUUUUGAGCAAAAUAAUCAAGUUGAUUGAAGAAAGUAAAACUCAGUUGAGUUUUAUGAUGCUGCCGCUGAUUUUCUUUUAGGAUUCAAGUUUUCUGGAGCUGAACAGGAAGAUUGGACCAACAGGCAGUCUCUUGUUUCCUUACUGUGGAAAAGUUUUUUCUUAUCGUGCUUGUUGUCUGCUCCAUUCAUUCAGCCAUCAAGGAGGCGAUAUCAGUGCUUCUCUGCCCAGCUCCGUCUCUCUCUUUUGUUGUUUGAGGGCCAAACUAGCCGGAAGGAGUUUUACGUCACUUCUGUAACAUUAUGACCUCAUAAAGUUACGGAAGUGAAGUGUAGAAUUCAAUGGAGCCGUUUCAGGCAGCUCAGGAGCUUCUGAGGGGGGUAACUCCUUUUAGGCGUGGACUUCAGGUUUUACACUCUACGGACCUUUUACAUGUACAAAAAUAUAUAUAACACAGUAAAGAAGAGGAAACAAGUGGAAAAAGCAUAAUAGGGCCACUUUAAGGAAUACAGAGUAGCUGAAGGUCUCCCCCCACCCCCCUUUCAGCGUGCCUAAUAGGUCACGACAGCACACAUUUAUUUGCUCAUGUCAUUUAAUUUGCAUUAUUUCAAUUCAGCAUUUUUUAUUGUGCAACAGAGCUCUGCUAAUUUUUUAAUCACCAUUUUAAACUGGAUUAACAAAAUGAAGUGAUACUUGAAUGAGCUACAAACUAACUGUUUACUAACUUUUGCUGGUAAAAGAAUGCCAAUAAGAGAUUUUCAAAUCUUUUUACACAGUUCAAAGGAGAAAGUAGGGAUGAUUUGGGGGUUUUCAGUGGGACACCACUCUAAGUGGAUAUAAUGAUUUGUGUGUCACAGAAAGUCGAUCAUUGGCCUUCACUAUCAUCUGUUAUGCAAUACGUGAAUUAUAAAUGGGAAUAAUUACUUGUCUAUUCUUAAAGCAAUAGUGCCAUUUCAAGAAAUGUAAAAAAAAAAAAUGUUUUUGUUUUAUUUCAUAUGGGAUGUAAUUAUUUAAUAAUGACUCUGUUUCAAUUCUGUUCAUGUGUAGAUUUACAAUCAGUGUUUUGAUAGUUUACGCGAUGCAAAUUAAAUAUGU